AUGUCUGGAGACGAGCACCCGCAAGCAACGCAGUGUAAAAUGAGCCCCCCGGACAGAGCAGCCGUGCUGGACCUCGCCAAGUGGCCGACGGCCGAAAAGUUUGUGUCGCGAUGCGACACCCGGCAAGGACCUCGAGACGCGACUCAACCGCGACUACGGGCCGGGCAACGCCUACUACGACGACUUUUGCGCGUACAUCAAGCAGGGCCUCGCCGAGGGGUGGGUCGCCGAGACGGAGAUAACGGGGCCGCACUACCGGCGGGGCCGGAUCUCGCCGCCGACGGAGCGGACGCACUUUCUGAGCAUCACGACGGUGUACAUGGACGGCACGGCCGCGCCCAAGGGAGACGAAGGCGUGCUGCGCGGGCAGUACCACCAGCACCCGUACGGCGAAAUCAACUGCGUCGUGCUGCUGGACGAGGGGGCCGAGCUCAGGGGCAUGCAGGGCUGGCAGGGCGCCGGGUGGACGUCACCGGGGCCGGGGACGCACCACUACCCGGAGGCCAGGGGCGGGCGGCUGGUGGCGCUCUUCUUUUUGCCGGCGGGCAGGAUCUCGUACGAGGCGACGCCGGAGAUGGCGCAGCCGCACUGCGUGUGAGUGUUGGGUUGGCGGGCGGCCGUUGGCGGCGUUGGAUUAGACUCGGGAGCCCAACCUUGGGACAAUGA